CCGCAAACGCGUUGCGGAAAUGUUUUGUUGCGAGCAUCGUCAGCCAAGAGAUACCGAGAAAUCGAGAAACAGAAUCGCGCCUCCUCCGUCCACCACAAGUAGCCGAGACCAAGUCCCAAAAGUCCUUAUUCUCUAAAUUUUUGUUUUGUUAAAUUUGGGCAAAACGUUAUAGCUUCAGCCAUGAGUUUGCUGGCGUUGUCGCUGGUACUGUUAGUCAUCGGUCAGAUGAUGCUAACCAGUUCCGGCUCAGCUGUUCUUAUCUCGGACAUGACCAUGACGGUAAUGGUGGAGUUGUCCUCCCGGCAUCCCUUCUGCAAAAUGCAUACAGAUCGUGGCGAUAUACAACGCAUGUUGUUGCAAUCGGAUCCAAGACGUAUUCGUCAGGUGCCACGUGAAUCGGUUAUGGAACUGGAAGAGGUUUGCCGACGUCAGGGCUCGUAUGGCAAUGAGUUUCGUGGUGGAUUGGGCUUUAUUUAUCCUGGGACUAAAUGGUGUGGUCCUGGCACUGCGGCAACAAGCUACGAUGAUCUGGGUGCACACGCACGCGAGGAUCGCUGCUGUCGGGAACAUGACAUGUGUCCCGAUGUACUCAAUGUGGGCGAAUGUCGACGUGGAUUGUGCAAUAGGGGCACCUUCACUCGUUCCCAUUGCGAUUGCGAUGCCCGAUUUAGACGUUGCCUGCAGGCGGCCAAUACGGAAACGGCUAACACAUUGGGAGCCAUUUUCUAUAAUGUGGUCCAGGUGACAUGCUUCCAGGAACGCAGUCCCUGUUCUGCGCAUCAGAGAGCUGGCUACAAUCAAACGGAACAGGAGGAAAUCUGUGCCCAAUGGCAAUAUCAGCCAUCGGAGAAAUAUGUGCCCAGUCAGCCACGAACUUCCUCGUAAUCUGCAAAACAAAGUUAAACAACAAAGACGACCUGGACUCAUAGCGACUCAUGGAAAUGGUUUUUGGUCUAACGAAAAGCAAUUAUAUAGACAUACAUACAUAUAUAUAUAUAUAUACAUAUAUAAGUAUAUAGCCAGAGAUAUUCUCCGUCAACUUUGCAAUCUUGAGAAUUCACAAAAGAUUACCUCAAAAGCGAAGCCAAAAAAAAUGAAGAGCAAAACUGGAAAGAA